AUCCUUCUCUUUGGGCUCCUCUUUGGGCUCCUGGCCCCCGGCUGGUCUCUGAGGAGCAACCGCUGCCUCCCUGAACAAGAUCUGAAGGAGGCAGCAGAGAGGGAGCUGAGGAGCCACUUCCAGGGGCACCCACAGAACCAGAAACCACUGGGCCCCUCGUACUCCUGCCCCGUGGAGAUGUUCACGCAGCAGCCCCCCAUACACCUGAAGGACAGGUCUCUGUCCCCCUGGGGAUACGUACGUGAAACGAUGGAAGAUCACUUUCCCUCCACCUAUACCAGGGCUCAGUGCCUGUGCACUGGAUGUGUGCUGAUCCAGAACUCAAAGUUGGUGGAGAGCCACGACUACAACUCAGCACUUGUAGUACAGAGCAUGGUGUUUCUGAAGAAGGAGCUCUGCAGGGACAAGGAGAAGUACCGCUUGAAGCCUGUCAGAGUGGAGGUGGCUGUGGGCUGCACCUGCACCAGAGCCAACAGCACCCCCUAG